AAAAAAAAUCCUGCAUUACUCGAUAAUCGGCUCUUCAGCCUAGGAAUCAUCGGAUAAAGCAAGCGAUGGCCGGAGAUUUUGCGGCGAAAGCCAAAACCUAUGCGGUGCCUGUGGUUCUCUUCUCUCUCUCCAUGUUAUAUCAGCUCGUUCUUCUCCCUCGUGCCUUCCCCCCUUCUCAUUACGAUGCUUUGGGAAUAAAGACCUAUAGUUCAAUUGAAGAAGUCAAAGAGGCGUACCAGUAUCUUGAAUCCAAAUGGAAUUCAGGACUGGAGGUUCCUACAACCAUGGAGUUUAUCAAGAUUCGGUAUGCUUAUGAGCUUUUGACAAAUCCCACAUGGAAAAGGAAUUAUGACGUGUUUAGAAUUAAUGAGCAAGAUCAUGUUCUGGAGAAACUCAGGCAGCAAUAUGCUGGGGAAAAGUUCUAUAAUGUAGAGCUGCCAUUACUGAAUGCUGACGCUUCUGAUACCGGAGAUUAUGCUUUUAAUGUUAUUACUUCCGAGGCGUUUCAGUCUAUGUUUCAAGACUCCAAACCAUGGUUACUUCAGGUAUAUUCAUCUGGCAGCAAUCGCUCCGCUCAAUUUGCUAAUUCUUGGAAAAAAAUCGGUGCUUUAUUGAAUGGGGUUGCGAACAUUGGUAUGGUUGAGCUUGGUGAGAUUCAAAUUGCAGCCUACCUUGCUGAGAGAAAACCAAUGGGCCAGUUUUUCUUCAGGAAUGGUCUUCCUUCAGUGGUUGCUUUCCCACCAGGGUGUAAAACUUCAGACUGUCUUAUCAGGUUUGAGGGAGUGCUCUCUGUUGAUGCAGUUACAGAUUGGUUUGCAAUGGCUGUACUUAACUUUCCUCGCAUCUUUUAUUAUACGAAGGAAUCAUUGGGGCCAAGGUUUCUGGCAAAAAGCAGUCCCCAUAAGGUAAAAGUAAUUUUCUUCUCAAAAACAGGGGAGCGUGCAACUCCGAUAAUUCGUCAAGCUGCAAAGGAUUAUUGGAACUAUGCUACUUUUGCUUGUGUCCUAUGGCGUAAAGAGGAAUUUUCUGUUUGGUGGACUGCGUUUGGAGUAGAGUCUGCCCCUGCAGUCGUGUUCUUGAAAGAUCCAGGUCUAAAACCUCUUGUGUAUCAUGGAUCAAUGAAUGAUUCAUGGUUUUUGGAUGUCUUGGAACAGAACAAACAGCAAGAGCUUCCUCAAUUAAGGAGUUUGACUUCAGAGGGACUAGGUUGUGAUGCUCGUGGCUAUUCUCGUGCUGGACAUGAUACUUUGACCUGGUAUUGUGCUAUCUUAGCUGGAAGGCUGGGUCCAGAACUUGAUAACAUGCGAGAAACCAUACGCAGGGUUCAAGACACAUUAUCAAAAUCUAGCGAGUUGAAUGCAGCUACAGCAGAUGAGCACUCUAUAACAGCUUCUGUUGCUCUAAAAAGCAAGCGAUUGACAUUAAGCUGGCUUGAUGGGGAAAUGCAAAAGAACUAUUGUUUUUUCUACCUUAAUUCUGAAAGUAGUGUUGAAACAUGUGGACCAAGGAGAGUUCCAACUGAUGUCCCCCGGUUAUUCAUUAUCCGCUACGAAAGGAAUGCUACUGAAGAUACUUUUAAGGCUGAGAAUAAAGCAAAAAGCAUAUGGGAAUUCCACCAACAAGAAGUUGAUCCUGCUGCACAGCUUUCAGUAACUUACAAUGGUUCAGCUGAAGUUUCCGAGAUCAUCAGGUGGAUAUCAAAUAUAAUUAAGGAUGGUGAUUCCAGGAAACUCCCAUUCUAUAGGGUGAAAACACCAGAGCUAGUUCCUGAGGAUGAAGAGCCUUUCUGGUCAAGGGCUCCACAAGGAAUAAUUUCCAAAAGCAUGGGAGCUAAGCAAAAAGUCCAAAGCAUUAUAAUCCACAUAUAUGAUUAUCUUGGUGAUCCGAGGAUUGGUCCGGCAUUGCUUCUGGGAUCCUUGAUGUCCUAUGGUACCAUUUGGUUGAUGAAGAAUCAACAGAAUCAUAAGGUUAAGUCAAGUCGACCAAGCCAAGCAGAGAACAAUGAUAAAUUGAGACCGGUAGAGAGACGCCGCCGUGAAAGAAAUGUACCAAAACACAAUCUACCUCCUUCAGUUACUGAUUUCGAACCAAGAGAUUCAUACCAGAUGCCAUUGUCGGACUCGGAUUAAGUAGCUUCAGAAAAAAUGCAGCUUAUAAGUUAAAAAAACAUGCAAUAGAACAGCCAUCAAUAAUAGAGAUUGUUGAGCUGUCAUACCAAUCUAGUUUUAUACUUGAUUAAAUGUCCAUGCAUUGACCACUGGUAGCCAUUGCACCUUGAAACUGUUUUGGGUUAUAUAUAU